GCGAUUGACGGACCGCCAUGAGCAAACGGGUGGCCGCAGAGGAGGCGCCUGGAGCGUCGCCUCGCAAGAGACUGAAUAGCGGCAGCAUUGGGGCCUCACAUCUCGACAUGGACGAUGGGGAUGACGACUACACCCCGAGUUCAAGCCGGGCCUCGAGCGCAGAGGUCGAUUCCACCAUCACAGCCGCGACGACCCCCCGGACGAAGUUCCCGUCAGACUACAAGACGCUGGCAUGCUCAUGGCCAGGAUGCACCAAGAGCUUCAACCGUCCGGCUCGGUUGAGGGACCACAUGAACUCCCACACCAACUCCCGCCCCCAUAAGUGCCCCUACGACGGCUGCACAAAGGACUACAUCGAAGACAAGCACCUGAAGCAACACAUCAAGGCCGUCCACACCAACGACCGGAAAUAUGUCUGCCAGCGAGAAGGCUGCGGAAAGAGCUUCGUGACCGGCACGAGGCUCAAGCGCCACCAGCUCGUCCACGAGGGAGCCGACCGGUUCCGCUGCCAGGAUUGCGGCCAGAGCUUCCGGAAAAAGGAGACACUCAACAAGCACGUGCGCAAGGAGCACCAAGGCUUGCCGGCGCAUCAAUGCCCGGAGCCCACCUGCUCGUCGGCGUUCGACUCCAAGGGGGCGCUGAACCGGCAUCGCGAGAGGGAGCACGGGCCGCUCAAGUAUUGGUGCAUGGAAUGCCCUCCGCAGAUGCGCGAGGACGGCACGACGUACAGGGUAGGCUUCACGACGGACACGCAGCUGCAGUCGCACAUGCGGCAGGAACACCAGAAUUGCAUGUUCUGCGACUACAAGUCCAGCUCGCUAUGGGAGCUGGAGACGCACAUUGAGAUUCACCAUUCCGGAAAGACGGUCGAGGACCGCAAGACGGUGGCCUGCCCCCACGCGGGCUGCGACAAGAGAUUCACCAAAAAAUCCAACCUCAACGUCCACAUCCGCACGGCGCACGAAGGCUUCCGCUUCAUCUGCGGCCAAGUCGAAUUCUCCGGCCCCGGGCUCGAGAGCUGGACCAACGACCAAGGCUGCGGCGACAAGUUCAGCACAAAGGUCCGCCUGGAAGACCACAUCCGCUUCAUACACCUGGGCCAAGAACGCCCAAAGCUCUCCAAGGCGGAGAAACCCCCGACGACGGACCUCAUCGACGAGAUAUCCGGCGUGGCCAACAUCAAGAAGCAGAAGCUGCGCUGCCCCCAGUGCGGCGAGGGCUUCAUUCGGUAUUUCGACCUCAACGCCCACAUUGCGUUUGCGCAUGAGUCGAACCCCGCCGUUGACGACCACGCCGUCGAUUCAGCAGCAGCAUCCUACACUGACCCGUCCAUCUUUGCUCAUGGGCAGGGGAACCCUCUCGAGCAGCACCCUUGGACAGGGGAGUUUGCCCAGGAUGACAUUUUCUCUGCGCAAAUGUCGUUUGGGACGGGGCAGGAGGGGUGGAUGGAGGACGAUGCGACGCUCUUGAUGUUGGCGCGUGGGGAGGCAGGCUUAGAUGGGGCAUCUAUCGAUCCCACACUGGGAGGCUUUUAGAUUUUGAGCAAAUCUGGCGUCUAUUCUUUCGAAAGGUUGGGGUGACAUGAUCUCUGCUACAGUCUCGUGGAAGGGGUAAAUAUCUGGGUUGAUCUGGGUGAAGCUAGACAACAAACCACUACGAGGCAGUCAUGGCAUAUAUAUAUUUACAGCGUC